AUGCCGCCGCUAUUCCACGAGCUGCGGUUCUACAUGUCCCGCAUGCUCUCGACUGAAGAAAAAGCAGAGCUUACGCAUCUUAUUGAAAGUAAUGGGGGCGUCGUGUCGAUUACACCUGCAGGUGCGAUGCAGCUUGUAAACAAUGAGACGCUGGAUGCAAGACAUCCAGAGUGGAUCUCGACGGACUUUGUUAAACAAUCGAUCGCGUUGGAGUCGCGACAAAAUCCAUUGCAAUACUCUGGCAAUAUAUUUACAAUUGAAAAGAACAAUCAAGAUGCUAAACGACAAGGAAGAAGGAAAUAUACGGUGAUAGACGAUGCUAGAAUGAUGCACUUUGCCAAAUUAAGAGGGUGGAGAUCCAUGCAGCCAUUAGCAGAGAGCGUGUGGAGAAGAGCAGAAAAGGAGAAAGUGACGUUUCACUCAGCUCAGAGCAUGCAUGAGCAUUUUAGGAAACAGCUGCAGCGGAAGACACUGAUUGAACAGCGUAGCAUCAUGACAAAGGCUGCGGCGUUAACAAGAGAGUGGAUGCUGGAGCAAGAAGGAGCAGCACAAGAGGAAAAAGUGACAGAAGAAAUGCAGUCUGAUCUUAACUCGACGGGAAUACAAAAUGUCGCGCCUCAGGAGUCAGUGACGUCAACACAUGCGUCACGACAUACUUUAAUUGCUACAGGUUGCAAUAGUCGAUCUAUGACAUAUGACGCGCUCCAAUUUGAGGGUCGAGGAGAGAAGAAAUGUAGCCGAAGAGACGUGAGGACCCGGUCCAGGAAGCCCACGUCUCCGUUGAGAAUCUUUCAGAGUCUCCAAAAAAGUGAAGAGUUAUCUGGAGGCAUCACGUCUCCCACCCUAGCUGCAUCUCUAACUCGACCUCCUCCAGCUAUGCCAGUUGUCCCAGCGGCAUUAGAGGUUCCGAUUGUUCAAGCCACCCCAGAAGACUUAGAGACAGGUGACCAAAGUGCAGAUAGAAAGCAGCAAAAACGCAAGCGCAUUACCCCAAGCAGCGAGGCCGCUAUCAGCGGUGAGUCCAGCCUAUUGCGCCAAGGCACGGAGGGUAGUGAUGCCGACAGUGUUGAGAGCAAGACUGGUAAAAAUAACGGCGUCUUUUUCCACAGUACCUGGACCGAGUUGGCCAGAGACUAUGCGAAGAGACGAAAACUGCAAAGGUUCUUUGAGCCUUCCUUGGUACCUGUUCCAGCAGAAGCCCAAGCAAGCAGCAUUGGGCUCGCAGUCACCCAUCCAAUUGACGUUGGCGUCUCUACAGCAGCUCAAUUGGAAGAAGGCUCACAGCAACUGAAGACGGUGGAGCAUGCUACAGAUAAAGACACUGAUCAAAUUAUCUGCGAUCUACAAUUUAGAACGCACCAAGACAUGCUGACAGUAGUCCAUGCAUUGUACUAUUGUAGCGGCGACGCAAAAGUAGCUGAAAACUUUUUGAAAGGCGCAAUGCCAUUAAGCAUGUGGUCUCCUGAGGAUGACCUCCUGCUUGCAAGUUUAGUGGCUGAGGACGGUAUCGAUCGCCUCGCAGUUGAUGCGGCUGUGGCUCGUGGGGAUUUCGUCUCAAUGCGCAUGCCACGUGAUACGGAUGCAAUUUUAAAGCGAGUUGCGUUUUUACGGUAA